UCACUGAGCUAAGAUCCGGACCGGAAGAAACUCGUAAUUUGUAAACAAAAAUAGAGGAUUUUAUCGAUUUUUAUGGGAAAAUCUAAAUAAAACUUAACAGAAAAACAUGCGCUGGAGCGAAUCAGUCACUUUAGAGUUUGUUAAAUUGUAUUUAAAAUACGAAUGUCUGUGGAACCCCGCACACUCUGAUUAUAAACUGAAAUAUGCAAGAAACAAGGCUUACCAAGAGAUAAGCUCAGAUUUCAGGGCUUCUACAAAUAAAAAUUUAUCUCUCUUAGAAGUGAAAAUGAAGAUAAGAGCAUUAAGAACUACAUACUCGCAACAGGUUCAGAAAAUUCUGCAAAGAUCAGUCCCUGACUCCAUUUAUGAGCCGACAAUAAUUUGGUUCAAUGAAAUGGAUCGAUGUCUAAAACAUAUCACACCAAUGAACCGACAGCAGUAUAGUAAUGACAUUCCUCAGGAUGUGUGGUCUAGUCAUGAAUUGCAAAAUGAUUGUUUGGAAGAACCCGGAUCUGAUCCAGUAGUGUCCCAAACUGAAGAUGAAUAUGACUCGGCAAAACCAGAAAAUCCUGAAAUUAAACUUAAAAAGAAGUCCCAAUCCCGAAAAAUUAAAAAGAAAACCAAUAGGAAUAGAAAUGUAGAUUAUUUUACAGAUUCAAUUUCAGAACAGUGCGAGAAAGAGGAUGAAUUUGAUGUCUAUGGGAAGUAUGUAGCAACACAGCUUAGGCAAAUGAGUAUACAGAGAGCUUUGAGGGUACAACUUGAGAUACAGAACCUUAUGAGCGAAGCACGAAUAUCUGAAAUUUGUAAUGACUAAUAGAAAUUUAUUAAUUUGUGGUAAACAAUAUCUUUCUUCUCAAAUUAUAACUAAAUAUAGCAGGCAUCAGAUUGUUACAAAUUGUGUAUUAUCUGUGGUGUACAAUAUAUUCAUAUUGUCUUAGUUACAUUUGCAUUUUUGGCCUUAGUCUUGCAAGUAAUAGCUCUGUCUAGCCAGCUAAUAAGAUGGAUAAGGAAGAGAUUCAUGUGUGGAUGUCCCUUUAGGAUAUUUAUUUUGCUAUAAUAAGAAUCGUAAAGUACAUGAUAUUUUAUAUA